AUGAAAGCUUCCAUCAUCUUCCGCGAUGAUCAAAACCCUAUUUUCAGAGCCAAAAUUCCUCUUAAUUUCUUCGGCUUCCCCUUCCGUUCCGCCAUUCAUCUUGCAGAAGCCGACAAUCUCUCCUUCACCUUCGCCACUUUCUUCAGAUCCGGCCCUUCCUUCAACCUCUCUUACCAUCCCAAUCAUUCUCUCAACCCCUUCUCUCUCGCCGUCAAGGCCGGAAUCGGACUCUUCGGCUCGCCUAUUGACUCUCCCAUGACUGUCACUGCCGAAUUCAACCUUCCAGGUAACCAACCCCCUCGAUUCUUCCUUCACUUCAAGCCUCAACUCGGCGAUUUCACUCUCCGCAGAUCUCUCCAAUCGCACAUCGCGAAUUUCAAUUUGCCCUAUCGAAACUCGAUUUCGCAAGUCGAUUAUCAUGUUGCUGCUCUGAGUAGAGGUAAAUCAGUCGAUGGCGGCGAAACUAGUGACCUACGGCUAGGGCUUGGAAAUGCGGUUCUCUCCAGCCAGAGAAUCGAUUGCUCCGAGGUAUGGAAUCGUGUCGAUGAUGUGCUCUCCACCGUGGAGAUUAAUGCGAGAUCGACGUUUAAGUUAAGAGACUCGGCGGCGGUGAAGUUCCGAUGGAGCAUGAGGUUUCCGACGAGCAUGAAGAAGGAAGACUUCUUGGCCAAGAUUCCGCCCUCCAAAAUGCCAUAUCUAGCAUUAGGAAAGAUCAAAAUCGAACGCGCGAUGGCAAGCGACAGCGAACGAGAAAGCAAUGAGGCUGGCGGAGCCGGAGAGUUUUUAGCUUUGAAGAAGCAUUUGGACGAUUUAUGGACAGAAAGCCGGUGGUUGAAGAAGAACAUAGAGGAACUUCAGUCGGAGAUCGGUGACCAGAAGGCUGCACCGGCGACUCCGCCGGUUGAAACAAGGAAGAAAAAGUGA